AUGAAAACGCCGCUCGAAGACCAGCUCGCGGCUCAGUUAGAGAAACGUCGUCGCAUUUCAAAGCUCCGGGUUCUUAAGCCAAGCCCUCCCGGAUCGGUCGAUUUCUCGUCCAAUGAUUUUCUCUCGCUCUCGUCCAACGACCAGUUCCGUCACGACUACCUUCAAGCUCUGGCCGACCAUAAUUUAGGAAUUGGCUCCACCGGUUCGAGGUUGCUUGAUGGAAAUUCAACCUUUGCGGAGCAGCUCGAGUGUGAUAUCGCGGCCCACCAUGGUGCCGAGACAGCAUUGCUGACCAAUUCGGGCUUCGACGCCAAUGUCAGUAUCUUCACCUGCUUACCGCAGCCCGGAGACAUCAUCAUCUAUGACGAGCUCAUACAUGCUAGUGUUCACGAUGGUAUGCGUGCAAGCCGGGCUGAGAAGCGUAUAUCAUUCAAACAUAAUGAUGUGGAUCACCUCAAGCAAGUUCUGGAAUCUGUCGACGCUAAGACGACAUCGAAGAACAUCUUUGUGGCCAUUGAGACUGUCUACAGCAUGGAAGGCGAUGUAGCACCGUUGACUGAGAUCUGUGCUCUUCUCGACUCCGCGGCACCCAAGGGUAGCGUCCAUCUGAUCGUUGACGAGGCCCACGCCACUGGCAUCUACGGCCGGGGCGGGGCAGGCUUAGUAUCACAGUUGGGCCUACAGAGUAAAGUCAGCGUCAGGCUGCACACCUUUGGGAAAGCCUUGGCUUGCAACGGAGCCGUCAUCCUGUGCUCAGCAGUCAUGCGCCAGUAUUUGAUCAACUACGCGCGGCCGCUGAUCUUUACAACCUUUAUGUCGUAUCCUUCUCUGGUCGCUAUUCGGACUGCUUACGACUGGAUGCGAGAGGGCAAGACCGGACUACUGGCGGCGAACCUGAGCGAGCUAAUCGAAUACCUGUGGAUGCGACUCCAAGAAAUCAGCCUUCACGCAAGCAAUUUGCCAGAUCCAAGCAACCUGGUACUGCCCGGAAGCUGCCCAGACUCGCCAAUAUUCGCUCUUUUCAGCACCGUUCCUCGAGAGCUCGCCAGUCACUGCCAAGCCGCCGGCUUUGUGGUGCGGCCCGUGGUCCCACCUACAGUACCAACCAACACGGAGCGCGUACGCGUGUGUUUGCACGGUGGAAACACGAAGGAGCAGAUCGAUGCGUUUAUUGUUUGCUUGAGACAGUGGAUCGAGCUGAAAGCCAGCCCGAGACACGCCCAGGGUACGAUCACAAUGUCCCCGGUCUUGCAAGAGAGAUUGGACGCAAAGCUAUGA